AUGUACAAUUCAAUAGCAAUAGGGCAAUGGUUUGCGUAUAUAGAUUGUACCAAAAAUUCUACAUCUUAUGAUAUGAUAACAGCUCAAGGAAACGGUUCCUCUGCUAUAGUUUUAUACUCUAAAGAUGAAUCUUGCACAGCUCCACCUAUUUUAUCCGAUAUUAAGGUUCCAGUAUUCAAUCAAAAAUACGCAAACUGUUAUAAUGCAAUCUCGAAUUCAGUACAAGAACUAGGUCAGCCGCCUAAUGCUGUUAUCAGAAAUAGUAAUAAAUCUCAUCCUGAUGGAAAUCCCUUCAAUAAGUAUAAUGAAGGAGGCAGCAACAGUGAUGCUAAGGAUAAUUCAGCUCAACCUUAUCAAACCGCCAUGGUUGUAUUGUAUACGAUAUCUGGUGUUGUGUUAGGCCUGUUCUUUUUAGUAGUUAUCACCAACGUUAUUAUAAAUAGAGUUCGUUCUCAACAAGAUUCCGGAAUAAGUUCAAGUAAUGAUCCUAGUCAAAGUCCCAAACAUGUUGGUAUAGCAAAAACUGUGUUAGAAAGUUUUCCUGUUUAUUUCUUCUCCCUACGAAAUAAUCCUGAUGUUGUCAAUAAAGAUUUGGAAGGUGGUAAAGAUAUUAAAGACAUAGGGUCGAAAGAAAUGCAAACUGAUGAUAAAAAUAAUAUACCAUUAAAUGAUUUACCACAAGAAACUAAUAAAAAAGAUGAAACUUCAAAACUAUCUGAAAUCGAGGGUGACAAAUCCUCAAAUAAUGAUAAUAAAACUUCAAAUAAUCAAUCGAUAUCUGAAACUUCUGUACUCCCCCCUUCAAUUUCUAAUAAAGUUACUGAAGAACAAUUAACUUGUCCAAUUUGUCUGGGUGAUUUUGAAUCUGGUGAAGAAUUGAGAAUUUUACCAUGUCACCAUCAAUAUCAUACUUCUUGCAUAGAUCCAUGGCUUCUUGAAAUUUCUACUUUAUGCCCCAUGUGUAAGGCUGAUUACACAUCUUGGAAUGAAGAAUCAUCUGCAUCACACGGUGAAGCAUCAACAUCAGUAGUACCAACUCCUCAGAAUGAAACAGAUGAAACGACCUCUUCAAUUACCUCUUCAACGACCUCUUCACAUACCUUCCCACAUUUCCGAUGGAUAAAAUAUUUAACUUCUGCUCGUCGUGCCAGAAAUGAACGAAGACGCAAUAGGCGUUCACGAAAUGGACAUUCUGAUAACCUCAUUCAAACCGAUCAAAAUGAAUCUUGA